AUGAGCAACAAGGCUGUCGCCGAGAACAUGCUCUGGGGAGGUCGUUUCACCCAGGGCCUCGACCCCCUCAUGGUGAAGUACAAUGAGUCCCUGCCCUAUGACCGCAUCAUGUGGAAGCAGGAUAUCGCCGGCUCCAUCGCCUUCGCCCGUGCCAACAUGAAGAACGGCAUCCUGACCCCCCACGAGUUCGCCGAGAUCGAGCGCGGCUUCAAGGUCAUCUCGGAGGAGUGGCGCACAGACACCUUCGAGGCUAAGCCCAAUGACGAGGAUAUCCACACUGCCAACGAGCGCCGUCUCGGCGAGAUCAUCGGAAAGGAGAUUGGCGGCAAGCUGCACACCGGUCGCUCGCGUAACGAGCAGGUCGCUACCGAUAUGCGCUUGUGGCUGCGCGAUGAGCUGCGCGUCCUGGACAGCCAGCUCUGCGACCUCAUCAAGGUUUCCAUUGCCCGUGCGGAGAAGGAGAUUGACUACAUCAUGCCUGGUUACACUCACUUGCAGAAGGCCCAGCCCGUCCGCUGGUCCCACUGGAUGCUGUCGCACGCCACUGCCUUCGCGAGCGAGCUGCAGCGUCUGCGUGAGGUGAUCCGCCGUGUGAACCGAAGCCCUCUGGGCUGCGGUGCUCUCGCUGGUAACCCCUUCAACAUUGACCGUGAGGCUAUGGCCAAGGAGCUGGGCUUCGACGACCUGCUUUACAACUCGAUGAACACCGUUGGUGACCGUGACUUUGCUAUGGAGACCAUGCAGUGGGGUAGCUCUUUUAUGCUCAAGAUCUCUCGCUGGGCUGAGGACUUGAUCAUCUACAGCAGUCUGGAGUUCGGUUUCGUGCGCCUGUCCGAUGCGUACUCCACUGGCUCUUCCCUGAUGCCCCAGAAGAAGAACGCCGACAGCCUGGAGCUGCUCCGCGGCAAGUCUGGCCGUGCUUUUGGUCAGAUGGCUGGUCUGAUGAUGACCAUCAAGGGCCUGCCCACGACCUACAACAAGGAUCUGCAGGAGAGCAUCGAGCCCCUGCUCGACCACAUCAAGACCGUUAGCGACAGCAUCCUGAUCGCCACCGGUGUGCUGUCCACCCUGACCGCCAACCCUGAGAAGAUGGUUGCCGCUUUGGCUCCCGAGAUGUUGGCCACCGAGAUCGCUGACUACCUCGUCCGCAAGGGCGUUCCCUUCCGUGAGGGCCACCACAUCUCCGGUCGCGUGGUCCAGCUUGCUGAGAGCACCAAUGUCCCCAUGGACACCCUGUCCCUCGAGCAGCUCCAGGGCUUGGACUCUCGCUUUGAUGCGGAUGUUCAGGCUUGUCUCGACUAUGAGCGUGCUGUUGAGCUGAAGGAUGCCAUUGGUGGCACCAGUAAGCGGGCUGUCAUCGAGCAGACUUCCGUGUUGAAGAAGCUGCUAUAA